AUGUCCCGCCUCGCCCUCUGUCUGUGUGUCGUCGUUGCUCUGUGGUCGGCGUCAGUCAUCAGUCUGUCAGUAUUCUCGGACCCACGACGGGCUCACAUGCUGCUUCGCUCUCGUCGGGCGAACUCCUUCCUGGAGGAGCUGAAACCAGGAAACCUGGAGCGAGAAUGUAAUGAGGAGAAAUGUAACUUUGAAGAGGCCAGAGAGAUUUUCCAGACCAGAGAAGCUACGCUGGAGUUUUGGACAGUUUACUUAGAUGGGAACCAGUGUGAGUCCAACAUGUGCAGUCAUGGAGACUGUGUGGAUAUGUUCCAAGCCUACGCUUGCAGCUGUCACUCUGGAUAUGAGGGCAAAUACUGCGAAUAUCCUAUAACAGCCACUAACUGCUCCGUGGAUAAUGGCGGCUGUGACCACGAUUGUACGGAGAGCAAUGAUGGCCUGUCGAGGAUUUGCAGCUGUGUGAAUGGAUACAACCUGGCUAAUGACUCCAGGAAAUGUGUUCCCAAAAGUCGAUCAUCCUGUGGACAGCUGUUAGCCAGCACAUCAUACAGCCCACCACCGAAAGGCCUCCGUCCCUGGAUGGUGGGGGGGCAGGUGGGCAAGAAAGGGGAGAGUCCAUGGCAGGUCCUGGUAAUGGAUUACAGGAGUCGAUUUCACUGUGGGGGUGUCCUCAUCGAUGAGAGCUGGGUUCUGACAGCUGCUCACUGUCUUGAAAACAGCCUAACGUUCAGUGUACGACUCGGUGACUAUGAGCGUCUUAAACACGAAAGGACUGAGGUCACCCUGGAUGUCGUCCAAAGUUUCAAACACCCAAACUACAACAGCAAGACCGUGGACAAUGAUAUUGCCCUGCUGCGCCUACAGACCCCUGCUCCCAUGAAUGAGUACAUCAUCCCCAUUUGUCUGCCAGGACGUGAGAUGGCCGAGCGGGUGCUCCACCUGAACGGCACUAAGACUGUUGUCUCUGGCUGGGGCAAAGAGGACAUGAACAGCACUAAGUACAGCUCAGCGCUCAACGUUAUUGAAAUCCCAUUGGUCAGCCACAGCAUCUGUACUCAGCAGAUGUUCCCCCACACAAUCUCCAACAACGUCCUCUGUGCCGGUGUCCUUGGAGAGAGGAAGGAUGCCUGUGAGGGUGACAGUGGGGGACCGAUGGUCACUCUGUACCGGGACACCUGGUUCCUGGUUGGCCUGGUUUCCUGGGGUGAGGGCUGCGGACAGCUGGACAAACUGGGAAUCUACACAAAAGUGUCCAACUACAAUAACUGGAUCAAUAGUGUGCGUGAAGAAUGGGACAGAGGCCAUCGCCCGGAAAGACGCCCACGUUUCUGA